AUGGACAAGUUUUUAGAUAGAGGAUGCAGUGUCUCAGCUGAAAAGGUCACAACAGAAGAGCCCAGCGUGAAAAAAACGAAACUGCGUAAAUUUGACGACUCGUACAUAAAAUAUGGCUUUAUGGAACAUAGUGACGGCAGACCACAGUGCACACUGUGCUUGAAGAUUUUAUCCGUUGAAGCACUGAAACCAUAUAAACUCAACCGACAUCUCACAACAAUUCAUCCGGAGCAUGCAAAUAAAAGUAAGGAAUUUUUUCAGAGAAAGAAAGAAGAAUACGUCAAGCAAAAGGUACGACUGACUAACAUCACGACAAUACCUGAGAAAGCACAGCAAGCAUCGUAUCUUGCAGCCCUGCGAAUAGCCAAAUGUAAAAAGCCUCACACAAUCGGAGAGGAAUUAAUACUUCCAGCAGCAGUGGAUAUGUGCCGAGUGAUGGUCGGGGAGGAGGCCGCGAAUAAGAUUAAAUCCAUACCGCUGUCCAACGAUACAGUAAGCAGGCGGAUCAAAGACAUCUCUUCUGAUGUAAAAUCUCAACUGACCGAAAGAUUACGAUCGUGUGAGCAUAAAAUUAUGGAAGAUUUUUUAUUUUCAAAAGAACUCGAGGGGAGAGCCACAGGUGAGGAAAUUUUCAAAAUGUUGGACACUUUUAUGGUAGAAGAAAAUCUGAGCUGGGAAAAAUGCGUGUCUGUUUGCACUGAUGGUGCGGCAGCAAUGACUGGGCACAAGAGUGGAGUUGUCAUCCGAAUUCAAGCCAUAAAUCCAAAGAUCGCAGCCACUCACUGUAUGCUUCAUCGUCAAGCACUUGCAUCGAAGUUAAUGGCACCCGAGCUGCAUGAUGUGUUGGAAGUAGUAGUAGCGGCUGUCAACUUCGUGAAGUCAAGACCGCUGAAGUCACGUCUCUUCGCAAAACUAUGUACAGAGAUGGGAGCAGCUCAUGAUCGGCUACUGUUCCAUUCAGAGGUGCGGUGGCUCUCACGUGGAAGGGUUUUAGAGCGAGUGUUUGAACUCAGACGUGAGCUUCAGGAUUUUUUGAAAGAACAUAAACCCGAUCUAGAACUGUUUUUUUCUGACCAACAGUGGAUGGCAAAACUAGCAUACCUUGCAGACAUUUUCAGUAGUCUCAAUGGACUGAAUCUGUCCAUUCAGGGAUGUUAUUCCACAAUACUGGAGGCAAGUGACAAAAUAAAUGCAUUCAGGAGAAAAAUUGACCUGUGGGUGCGUAAACUACAAAGAGGCAUCACCGACAUGUUUCCAAAUCUAUCUGAAUUUUUGGAUACAAAUUGCAUGGCAGUGGACUUCAUGCUCAACACCAUUACCAGUCACCUCACCUCACUGAAUGAACAUUUCAGUCGCUACUUCACAGACAUUGACAUGGAGAAAUAUGACUGGGUUCGAGAUCCCUUUUCUUGUGAUGUGAUGGCCAGUGGCCUCAGUGGAAAGGCUGAAGAUGAACUUUUGGAACUGUCCAGUGAUCGUACUCUCAGGAUGAAAUUUAAUCAGCAGGGCCCAGCAGAAUUUUGGCCCACAGUUGAAAAGGAGUACAAGGAGGUUGCUCUUCAGGCCAUGAGAAUAUUGCUGCCUUUCCCAACAACAUACCUUUGUGAGACAUCUUUCUCAGCCAUGAUGGCAAUAAAGACAAAAUACAGGGCACGGCUUAAUGUGGAAGAUGACUUGAGAGUUUGCCUGUCCCCAAUAACACCCAGAAUUGAUAAGCUCUGCAAAGAAAGACAGUCUCACCCUUCCCACUGA